AUGCCUGAUCCCAACGGCCUCAGCCACGGGAUCUGGUGGCCUGGGCCUCGUGCAAUCGAAGCAGUCCGCUGGUUUUUGCCAAUAUUGGCUGGUGCCUCUUACUUCCUGCUCGUCAAAGCAAAUCCGACUAUCAGAGACAAUCCAGAAAGAGCACGCAGGACUCUCUCUCAAAUCCUCGUUUCAUGGCUAAUGCUCUUCGUCCUCUUUACUUAUAACACUGCUCCAGAGAACGAAAGACCGAAUGAAGGACCUCGGAGUGAAUCGAUAAAAACCCUAGGUAAUAUCAAGUUCCUCGCUCCCUUUUUCUGGCCCCGGGGAAAACCCUUCUUGCGAUUGAGAUUCGUUGGGGUUGUGAUCUGUUUGGCGAUUGAACGUAUCCUAACUAUACUUGUUCCCUUGAUGCUGGGGAUGAUUACAAACAUUCUGAUCCAGAGUCAUGCGAUAGUUCCAUGGAGAGAAAUUACGUUAUUCAUUGUGCUCGUCUUUCUGGAUUCAGUUGGAGGAGUUGCAGUAUUGCGUAAAUUUCUAUGGCUACCAGUUGAGAGCAACUCGUACCUCAAUAUCAGUACUGUGGCCUUCGACAAGAUCAUGGCCUUAUCGAGCGAAGACAAUAGAGACCCUGAUAAUAUCUGGGAGCCAGUCAGCAGGGGAUUGUCCGCUGUAUAUGUCAUUCGUUCCAUUCUUUUCCAGAUCUUCCCAGUUACCGUUGACCUUUUGCUUGCAGUGGGUGUGAUUUACUUUAUGUUUGAUGCCUACGUGGCAUGGAUCGUCGCAGUGUCUACCAUUAUAUUCCUCCAUUCUUCGAGCAAAAUCAUCUCCAAGUUGCAAAAAAAGCAGACUCAACUGAUAGCCGAUAUGGAGAAAGAACAUAACGUCCUCUGGGAAUCGACUUCAAAGUGGCAGACUGCGUCGUACUUCAACCGCAUAUCAUAUGAAAAGGACCGAUACCGUCUCGCCGUCAAAGAUCAUAUGAGGUCUUCGCAUCGAUUUUUUCUGUGGUCCUACUUGGAUUCGGUUGUACAGUCGUUCCUUUUCACUUUUACCCUCAUGGGUAUAUGCUUCCUGGCAGCCUAUCAGACUGUUUGGAGUAACAGACCCAUCAGCAGCUUCGUGAUGUUACUUAGCUAUUGGACACGGUUUUCCAGCCAUUAUCAAAUCUUUGUCAAGGGAGUUUGCGAUUUCGCCGUGAGAAUUAAAAUUGCGGACGAGCUAAUUACAUUGCUGAAAACCGAAGCUACUGUAUCCAACCGCGAUGGGGCGAGCCGGUUACUUGUCAAUCGAGGUAUGGUGGAAUUCAGAGAUGUUGGCUUCGCCUACGAUGCGCAAAACUGGGUCCUGAAUGGAAUCAGUUUCCAGGCCCUAGCAGGUCAAACAGUAGCGCUCGUUGGAGAAACAGGAGGCGGAAAGUCAACAAUUCUGAAACUAAUUUUACGCAUGUAUGACCCAAUCCAAGGCACCAUUGCAAUCGAUGGGCAAGACAUCCGUGAGGUGAGACUGGAUAGUUUGCGUGAGAGUAUCGGUGUUGUACCGCAGGAUGCAAUUAUGUUACACGACACUAUCAUGAACAAUAUUAGGUACGCCAAUUCAUCCGCCACGGACGAGCAGGUUUACGAAGUAUGCAAAGCCGUCGCCCUCCAUGAUAAAAUUUUAUCGUUCCCGAACGGUUACCAAACCCUAGUUGGGGAGCGCGGAGUGAGGCUGUCCGGAGGAGAAGCUCAGAGAGUCGCCAUUGCACGAGCAAUGAUCAAGAAUCCACGAAUAAUCAUUCUGGAUGAGGCAACAAGCAGUGUUGAUAGUCACACGGAAUCUCUGGUCCGCAGACGUUUCAGAUUUUUUGAAGGGAGAACAACAUUCAUCAUUUCGCAUCGUCUCUCGACAGUCGUAAAGGCGGAUAAGAUACUUGUCCUCCACCAUGGAAAGAUUGUCGAGCAGGGAACUCAUAGCUCGCUGCUAACAUUAAACGGCUAUUAUUCCCGUCUUUGGUCGCGCCAAGCCAGAAUGAAGCCAUCGACUAUAGCCACAGAUGAAUGUCAGCUUCCGCAGCCAACUAUUUCUCUCAGUAAGGGAAAAGGUCGAAUCGAGAAUGUGAAUGGUCUUGCAAUGAGUGGUGAUCCACAAAGCCCCGCGGAUACUGCACCAGUCUUGAAGGUUGGAAAGUUACGUCUCAGAAAGACAGCCGUCCACGCUGAUGAAAGGGGUCAAGAAGAAAGCCCUUCAAUCGAUAGACUUCAAAAUCGAAAUUCCGAGGCAACAGAUAUCUUGAAGAGGAACAUUUGGAAGCCCGAUGCACCAGAGUUUGUCCCUUCCUCCCAUAGACAGACCCCUGCCGCAAGAUCCAAGAAUGUGGCAGUGAAAAAAUCUAUCGACAAUCAACAGUCAAGUGUUACAGGUCAUACCCAGAUUAACCACCAUGGAGAAAUGGAAAAUCAGUCAGGGAAAUCCAAUGUUCUGAGGAAAAACGAGAACACAGCGGGAUCUUCUGAAAAUAACAAAAACGACAGGCUUCAGACUGCACCGGCACACAAAGACCCCGAUUCAACGAAGAACAGCAGCAGUAAGCGAAUUGCCUCGGUCUUGCAACAGACUACAAAUGGGGUAGUCAUGGCAUAUCCCAAAAGGGCGCGAAAGAAACCCAAAGGAUCGAAAAGACCAGUUCUGCGCAGAAAGCGCAUAGAAAGCGAGCCUGCGGGUAUUGGCUUGAGGCCUGAGCCCUAUGAGACUUAAGACAAUACUUGUUUGUCGAAAGGAUGAAGGUAGAAGAUAUUGACCAAGGAUACAGGCUGUGAUAAAAAGGGACGGAGAUUGUAAUGUUGCAAAUUUUAUUCUGUAGUAGUCCUCAAAAGAAUCAAUUCAAGAUCAAGUAUUUAUUC